ACACACACUCACUUCAGCUCACACUCCUCAUUUUUCGUCUUAACUCACGCACGCUCGGGCAAACACACUCUCAAACAACUCACAUUUGGACCAACAAACGGCACAAUCUCAAUGCCAGGCCUGAAGUCAGGUUCAGGCUAACACACACUCACACAUUCACCACACACACACACACACACACACUCGUGUGGACACUGGGAAGAGGGGCUGCCACUCCCUCUCGGCAUUCUUCAGAGAACUUUCUCACACGGUGAGAAGACGGAGAAGGGAAGAGAAGACGGAAGAGAACGUGAGGAACGCAAGCAGAGAACGUGAGAGGAGGCGACCGCUGCAACAGACUGAUUUCUGGAAGAAGUAAGCUCUCCUGGUGACCCGGCGGCAUGUUGGAGCGCGUGGACCUCAGGGCGGUGACUCAACCCGUGGGCGUGCUGCGCCUGCUGGAGGUGGCCCUGACCUGCGUGAGCUUCAGCCUGGUGGCGUCGGUGGGCCACUCCUCCUCCUCCUCUUCCUCUUCCUCCUCCUACUGGGCCUGGUGCAUGUUCAGCUGGUGCUUCUGCUGCUUCCUCACCCUCCUCAUCCUGGUGCUGGAGUUCGCCCGCCUCAGCGCGCGCCUGCCCAUCUCGUGGGACGACUUCACCGCCGCCUUCGCCAUGCUGGCCGCCCUCACGCUGCUGGCCGCCUCCAUCAUCUACCCGUCCGUGGUGUUCUCCUGCCCCGGCUGCGCCCGCCAGGUGGCCGCCAGCGUGGCGUCGUGGGCGAGCGUGGCGGCGUACGUCGGGGAGGUGGUCCUGACGCGGCGCCGGGCCGGGGGCCAGGUCAGCGGGUUCCUGUCCACGGUCCCGGGCCUGCUGAAGAUCCUGGAGACGUUCGUGGCCUGCAUCAUCUUCACCUCCCUGGGUCCGGAGCGCUACGCCUCGCACCCGGCCCUGCUGUGGUGCGUGGCCGUCUACUCGCUGUGCUUCAUCUUCGCCUGGCUCAUCAUCAUCCUCACCGUGGCCCAGCUGUUGACCUUCCUCCCCUUCGACAAGCUGGUCUGCGUCUACAACGUCCUGGCCGUCGCGAUGUACAUGAGCGCCGUGGUGGUCUGGCCCCUCUACGGGUUCCGGAACUAUCCGCGGCCCGCCAACUGCACUGGCGGGGCGUGUCUGCCCUGGGACGCGCUGGUCGUCGUGACGUUCAUGACCGUCAUCAACCUGGGGGUCUACAUCGUGGACGCGGCCUACUCCAUCCACCUGGUGUUCAUUGUGCAGCGGCGGACCUAGACGAGGAUGACACACACUCACACUCACACACACUCACACU